AUGACAGAGAGUAAAGAAAAUCCAGAAAUCGGACAUAUUGACAGUACAAUUCACUAUAACAUAAAAGGAAAUGAGUUAAUAGAUAUUAUCGAACAUAGAAAUACUGAAAAGUAUCAAAGAUUUGGUGGAGUUCAUGGUCUAUGUGAAUUAUUAAAUGUAGAUGAAAAGAAAGGAAUAACACUGAGCUCCAUUACAAAAAGAGUUCAACAAUUUGGAAACAAUUUAUUACCUCCUGCUGAACGACAAAGUUUCUUUGAAAUAUGGCAAGAUGCACUUGGAGAUCAAACAUUGCUAAUUCUUAUUGCAUCUGCAAUAGUUUCUCUUGUAUUGGCUUUUAUUGUACCACAUGCUAAAAAAGAGUGUUCAAGCGGUAUUGAUACAGAACCACCAGAUUACUAUGAAGGAAUUGCAAUACUGGUUGCAGUUUUUGCGGUUAGUUUAAUUGGUGCAUGGAAUGACUAUUCAAAACAAAGUAAGUUUAUUGAAAUUGCUUCAAAAGAAACUGACUGUUCUGUUAAAAUAGUUAGAGAUGGUGUUCCAAUGGAAUCGACAUCAUCUCAAUUAGUUGUUGGAGAUAUUGUUUAUUUGUCUGUUGGAGAUGUAUUACCUGCUGAUGGUAUUUAUUUAAAAGGAAAUGGACUUAGAAUUGAUGAAUCAGAAAUGACUGGGGAAUCUGUUUCUGUAAAAAAGUCAGAAAAGAAUUUUGUUUGUUUAUCAGGAUGUACUGUUACUGAUGGAAAUGGUACAAUGGUUGUUGUUGCUGUAGGACAAAACUCACAAUGGGGAAAGUUAAAAGGAUAUGUUAAUAAAGACAAACAAAGGCCUACUCCAUUACAAGAACGAUUAGAUGAAUUGGCUGAAAACAUUGGUAAAAUGGGUAUGUUUUGUGCUGCUGUUGUAUUUAUUGUAUUAACGUUAUGGUGGUUUUAUAAAGCACUCACAUUUACUGGAUAUGUUCAACCUGAUGAUCAUUGUAAAUUAUGUUCUCCAGCAGAAACAAACAAUUGUGUUGCUGUUAAAUUUAAUUGGUGGAGAAUCACUGAUUUAGUUGAUUAUUUUAUUAUUGCUGUUACUAUUGUUGUUGUUGCAGUACCUGAAGGACUUCCAUUAGCAGUUACUGUAUCUUUAGCUUAUUCAAUGAAACAGAUGAUGGCAGACAAUAAUUUAGUAAGACAUUUAAAAGCGUGUGAGACAAUGUCAAAUGCCACUUGUAUUUGUUGUGAUAAAACAGGAACUUUAACUGCGAAUAGAAUGAAUGUAACUAGUCUUUGGACUGGAAAUGAAGUUAUGGAAAUUGAUCAAACUAAUCAAAUACCAAUAACAGGAGAACUUCUUCAUCAUUUAAGUGUCAAUAUUGGUAUUAAUACAUCAUUAUCAUCUAAUAUUACAUCAUCUAAUCAAGCCAUUGGAAAUGAAACUGAUUGUGCUUUAUUAUUAUUUUUAAAAAAGAUAGGAAUCUCACCAUCACUAAUAAGAAGUACUAAUGUUAUUUCAAGGCAAUGGGUAUUCAAUUCAGAAAAUAAAAGAAUGGACACAGUUAGUGAUCAUUGUAUUUAUUCAAAAGGAGCACCAGAAAUCAUUAUUGGAGAAAGUACACAUUAUCUAAAUCAAAAUGGAGAAGAAGCUGAAUUUUAUGAAGAUCAAAAAGAUCAAAUUAAUAAAAUUAUUGACCAAUGGGAAAAUAAAGGAAAACGAGUUAUUGCUCUAAGUUAUAAAAAAAUGGAAGAAAAAGAGUUUCAAGAAUGGAACAACACACAAAGUAAUGAAAGAAUUAAUAUCAAAAACACUUGUUUAAUUGCUGUAGUUGGUAUUAGUGAUCCUGUAAGAUUAGAAGUACCUCAUGCAAUUGAUAAUUGUAAAAAUGCAGGAAUUAGUGUUAGAAUGGUAACAGGCGAUCAUGUAAAAACAGCCUUAAGUAUUGCUAAGGAGUGUGGUAUUGUAGGUGAAUGUCAAAUUAUUGAUAAAGAUUAUAAUUGUUCUGGAAAUAUUGAUAUUGCUAUGAUGGGAAAAGACUUUUCAAUAUUAAGUGAUGAAGAAAUUGAUAGAAUUUUGCCAAGACUCAAAAUAUUAGCAAGGUGUUCUCCACAAGAUAAACAAAGAUUAGUCGAACGAUUACUUAUCGCAGGUGAAGUGGUUGCUGUUACAGGAGAUGGCACUAAUGAUGUUCCUGCUUUUAAAGAAGCUGAUGUUGCUCUUGCUAUGGGAUUAAGAGGUACUGAUGUAGCAAAACAAGCAGCUGACAUUGUUAUUUUAGAUGACAAUUUUAAUUCUAUUGUUAAAGCUGUUAUUUGGGGAAGAUGUGUUUAUGACAAUAUUAGAAAAUUUAUUCAAUUUCAAGUUACUGUUAAUAUAGUUGCACUUGCACUUUGUGUUAUUGGGUCAAUUUGUCAGAUGGGUUCUCCAUUAAAUUCAAUGCAAAUGUUAUGGGUUAAUUUAAUUAUGGACACAUUAGCUGCAUUAGCACUUGGGACUGAAAAACCUACAAUAGACUUAUUAAAACGAAAACCAUUUAAAAGAACAGACAGUCUGUUGUCAAAACAAAUGUUAAUUAAGAUUGCAAUACAAGUUAUUUAUCAGUUGGGAAUAUUAUUAAUUAUCUUAUUCUUUGGAUCUACAUUUAAAUUUAUUUCUGCACCUUGUGGGUACAUUAGUACUAUUGAAGAUUAUCCAGGAAAAGAGUAUAUUUGUUAUGACAAUAAAAAACAUACCGUUAUUGAUGUUCAAGAAGACACUAUAACAUUACAAACUAUUAUUUUUAAUACUUUUGUAUUUUGUCAAAUUUUUAAUGAAGUUAAUUCAAGAAGAGUAAAUGGAGAAACUGAUGUAUUUAAAGGUAUUUUUACUAAUUACAUCUUUAUUGGAAUAGAGUUACUUCAAAUUAUUGUUCAAACAUCAAUUGUUAUUUUUUCUGGUGCUACAUUUGGUGUGAAGCCAUACCCUGGAAUUAGUUUAACUCAGUGGGGAGUUUGUAUUUUACUUGGACUGGUAUCAUUACCAUUAGGGUUGUUAAAUGGAAUUUUCAAGGAAAAACUAGCCAAUAAAACAGUCUCAGUGUUUGAUGUAGAUGAAGUUGAAAUGAAAAAUAAUAAAAAGAACGAUAACGACAGUUGGGAAGAUGAAAAAAUAAAUUGUAUUGAAGAAAAAAAUGAUUUUGAUAAAACAUUUGAAACAAAUUCUGAUGAUAUUUCUUUGACUAUGAAUUAA